AUGCUCAGGUUUUGGGCUGUCGCUCAGCGGCCAACAUUCUUUUCGUGCAGACAUCUACACUCUUCCGUCACUAAUAACGCGACUGCGGUCGCUAACAACACGGCCGUUGCUGCAAAAUGGACACCGAACUCGAUUCGGACUGGUGUCAUCGCGCGCAAACGUGGAAUGACCGCCAUGUGGGAUGAGCAGGGUGCCCGCUUCCCAGUCACCGUACUCCAGCUGGAAGAUUGCCAAGUGACGGCGAACGUCACGACCGUGCGGAAAGACGAAUCGGAAUACCAUGCUGUUCAAAUCGCAGCUUCGGACAGGCCUGCUAAGACCACGACAAAACAGAUGUUGGGUCAUUUCAAAAAAGCUGGGGUCCCUCCGAAGAGGAUUGUGAAGGAGUUUCCAGUCACUCCGGAUGCUCAUAUCCCAGUCGGGACCACAUUAUCCGCCGUACAUUUCGUACCUGGCCAGUUUGUGGAUGUCAUCGCAAACUCAAUCGGAAAGGGAUUCCAGGGAACGAUGAAGCGUUGGAACUUCAAGGGUCUACGUGCUAGUCAUGGUGUCUCCGCAUCACAUCGCUCUGCAGGUUCAACUGGUGCUCACCAGGACCCUGGUAGAGUGUGGCCAGGUAAAAAGAUGGCAGGUCGAAUGGGCGGCACAAGGAACACGACGCAAAAUUUGGCUGUCAUCCGUGUCGACACCGCUCUUGACCUGAUCUUUGUUCGUGGUUGUGUCCCUGGUAUCGACGAUGCUCAUGUGAUGGUCCGCGACGCCAAGAAGAAGAUGGUCAGCCUCUCCAGCGCCAACCAAGCGAAAGGCUUAUAUGAAAAGGUGUUGCCAAAGGGAAUUGACAAUCUGCCUUUCCCGGCUGGAACGAAGGAGAUGGCACAGAGUUUGCCGCAGGUCAUUGUCGCACCUACUCAUCGCCGCAGUCCUUUCAUCCCCAGGGAAUAG